AUGGAGAGGGCUGCAAAAAUUAUUAGAAGAUCAAUCUUUGUUUUACUGAAAGAUUUUCACUAUUACAUCACCAACCCAGUAAUCCUUUUGCUUCCCUUCUCAGCUUCAGUUCUCUUGUUUCAAUCUUGUUCACAAACCAAAUCAAUUUUCCCUCUUACAAGAAUUUCUCUUCUUGAUCUGAAUUUUUCUCAAGUGAUAUUCAGCUAUGUUAUCAGUCUCCCUUUUGCUCUGUCCUCUCUUGUGGUCGCAAAAGCAUCCAUAAUAAAAAAUCUACAUAGCCAUGAUCAACAUAAACCUGCUGUUUCAUCACUUUACAAGCCUCUUGUUUCAACAUAUCUUUGCAAUACAAGUCUUUUCCUUCUUCUUGUUGUUGCUUCCAAUUUUGUAGAAAAAAUUUAUGGGUUAUCAUCAAAAAGUCCUCUGUUUGUGCUGGCAGCUGGAGUUGUCCUCUAUAUGGUCUUGACGAAUGCCAUGAUCAUUGGCAACUUAGCUUUGGUUGUAGCAGGGAUGGAUGAUUGCAGUGGGUACAGGGCUAUACACAGGGCGUGGCUGGUUAAGCAGGGAGCAAAUUCAAUGGCCUUGUUGUUGGCUCUUCCCAUCAAUCUGGGAUUUGUUGCUAUUGAAUCUCUGUUUCAGUACAGAGUUAUAAGGGCUUAUCAUCUCUCAAGAAGGGCUAAUGCGUCCAUGAUUGUGGAAGGAUGGUUAAUUUCCAUUAUGUUUUCUCUUCUUAUAGUGCUUGACACAAUUGCUUGUUGCUUGAUCGUCAAGAGCUAUGAAUCAGAUCGGGUUCAAAUUGAGAUUGUGAAAGAGGAUAGGAGAAUUUCUGGUAGUUUACAAAGUUUAGAUGAGCUUCUUUGA